AGUUGGCCUGGGUUAGUUGACUGACAGGGAACAACAGUGGGUACAAAAGUUAGCUCAAAACACGAAGAAACAAGAGGACAAGGCACUGACAGAGCUGGAUUGUUGAGAAGAUUGUAUUUUUUGAAAUUUGGGAUGAAGAGCAUGGAUUGGUUCCUGUUAGCAUGUUGUCUGUGGAGCAUGAACAGCAUUGGGGAAUAUGAAAAAUGAGGAGAUGAGCACAGUAGUUGUUAUGAAUUUGGCAUGGAGUGACUAUCGGCUGCGGUGGAACCCCAAAGAGCAUGAGGGCAUCACAGUGAUGAGAAUCCCAGCUGCUAAAGUGUGGCUGCCUGACAUCGUCCUCAUCAACAAUAAUGAUGGUGUGUUCGACGUAGCCCUUCAUGUGCAUGUCCAGGUUUACCACAAUGGCAAAGUGACAUGGACGCCCCCUGCUCUGUACCUCAGCUCAUGCAGUGUUAAGGUGGAGUACUUUCCGUUCGACUGGCAGAACUGCAGUAUGGUAUUCCGCUCAUACACCUAUGACGCGUCAGAGAUCGACAUCCAGUACUCCCUGGACUCCCGCGACAAAGAGAUCCAGGAAAUCGUUCUGGAUGAGGCCUUCAGUGGUAAGCUUGAGCUCCUGACAGGCUGCCCCCGUGGCAUUGAAUCACGGACCACAAAUGACCCCUGGGCCACCACCACCGACCUCCGCAGCUCACCACCGCCCCCCCACACCCCUGCAAAAAUAUCUCUGUCCAUUGUCACAACCAUAACCAACCCCCCCAUGCUUCCUCCAUGCUCACGCUCCCAACAGGUGCCUGGCUGUCCCAUACAGAGACAUACCCUCCUGGUCACUCCAAAACAAGUCAACCGUCAAGGAAGAGACACUGGGAGUAUCAAACGGCAGUGUGCGCAGACGAUUUGGACAUAG